CAAAAAAUCAGUCACAAUUUGUCCGGUGUCAUCAGCUGAAUACGAUUUAAAAUCAUAAUAAAAAAACAGAGUUUACUAAGUUUUGCAAUGAAAGAACUACAAAUAACAACAGGAUGUCUCCUGCUUAUGGUAGCCGUUAUCGGCAAAACUUCAGCUAUCUAUAGCAUGAGUGAGACUUGUGAAUAUACCCCCGAUGGUUUUAUUGCCGAUCCAAAUUCUUGUCAAAGCUAUGGCUAUUGUAAAAAUAAUCAGUUAGUGGGUACUGGUAAAUGUCCCGAUGGCUAUCUGUAUAAUCAUAAACUGGGUAUUUGCGAUAGUCCCGCAAAUGUUAAAUGCAUUUUCGAUAGUAAGAAUGCUUGCUUGAAUGCAACUGAUAACACCUUUGUGGCUGAUCCAACCAAUUGUAAUGGUUAUUGCUAUUGUUCUAAUAAAAAAGCCUCUUGCACAACUUGUCCCGAAUUCCAGCUCUUUGAUAGUAAAAAUAUUAAAUGUGUAUAUGCUUUCGAAAAGCCUGAAUGUACUGCUGAUUCGAUUUGCCGUUUGGUACCCAAUGCAGUAUUUGUUGGUAAUCCUAAUAAUUGUGGGGGAUACAUUAGUUGCCUCGAUGGUAAAGGUACUGAAGGUACAUGUACAGAUGGUUACUUUAAUAAACAACUUGGUGGGUGUCAAAAAACCAAUCCUUGUUUAGCUUCUAGUCCUAAUCCAGACAUUGGUCUGGGUGUUAUAGAGAACUUAGCUGACAACAAUUUUGUAUGUCAAGUUAAUGCGGGUAACCCUACUGAAGAAAAUCCAAUAUAUUAUCCUGAUGGCCAAACUUGUAUGGGUUAUUACAAAUGUACAUCUAAAAAUGGACCCGGCAUUUGGGGCAAAUGUCCAAAGGGUUUACAUUUUAAUAAUGGAAAAUGUGUUACCCCCUUUACAUUCGCAUGUACUUUUGACCGUUGUGGUAAUUUGAAUCGGGAAUUUGUUGGCGCUAUUGACACAGAAUGUAAAAAUUACUUAAUUUGUAAAAAUGAAACUUCACAAGGAAUGGCAUAUAAUUAUGGAGGAUAUAUUGGUUUACCAUGCACUGAUAAAAAUUACCCAUUCUUUAACGAAGUUUCUGGAACAUGUGAGAAAACAUCACCCAAAUCCGUAACUUAUAAACUUUGUGUAUGAGUCCUGCGACAUAAACCAAACAUCUUAAUAUUUAUUUUAUAAAACAAAUGUUAUUGAAAAAAAAACACAAAAAAAACAAUAAUAAAAAUCUAACAAUAACUUCACACUGCUAAUUUAAUUUGAAUUUUUUUUUUACUUAAUUAUCGUUUAUCUCCUAAAAGGUAGUAGAUGUCUUUUUCUACUACUAAAUAUCACAAGUAAUCGCAUACAUAUUUAUGUAUCUAAAAUAAAAUUUUAUUAAAA